UGACUAACGACUAACAACUCACUGUAGACCGGGCCUAAGGCUUUAAGUUGUAUCGCUUAAGUUUUUCGUGUGCCCGAGCCUUUAUCGGCGAAACGGAGCGCGAUUGGUCGCCGACGUGAAGAGUGCACCGAGUGCAGCACUCGAUGGUGCUCCAAAGACCCAAAGCUCGCAUCUCUAUUGGUCGGUUCGCCGCGACUGCCAGCGAAUCCCCGUCUCCCUCGUUUUGCGUCCUCUAUACCUUUCACGUUUCGUGGCGCAAACGCAGAAAUCGUUUACUUUUGUUUACAUCAAUAUUUAAACCACGAAAUUAUGUCGAGAUGACAGAGAGCGAGCUCCUUUCGGUAAUUCCCGUAUCGAUACCGUCCUUCGACAGGCUGGAUUGACUUAUUUCGACUUCACGUUGACGUACCUUCGCGUCCCCGCGAGACCAUGUCGCGGAACCGAUCGCCGCUUUUCGAUUAAACGGAAAUACACAGAAUAAGAGUCGAACAACUCGGAGCGGCGAUAUCCCACCAUGGAGAACAUCAUGCGGUCCAUGCAGGAGUGCAACGCUAUUCGUUACGCGUCGUACAGAACCGCCGCGAAGAUGCAGAUAUUACAUAGAGAAUUGAACAUGACGCACGUACAGCUGGAGUUGAUAGCGGGAGUGUUCGAACGUCACAGGCUCUCCAUCACUGAAAAUUGCGUCAAUUUAGACCCGAGUGAAAUCGAGGACGUUCUGUCGGACAUCUACUUCGCUGCGCGGAAGGAAAGUAACUACAAUUUUGACGUCGAUCUCGUGACCAAGCUCGCCACAAGUUACAUCCUGAAUAUUUUCGACAAACAAAGCACCGGAAAUAUUUUAGUGUUCUCGGUGAAAGUUGCGCUGGUAUUGCUGAGCAGCGGCAAGUUGCAAGAGAAGUACGGGUAUCUGUAUCAACAAUUGGCCGAUCACAAUGCGUGUCUGUCUCGAGCCGGUUUGCACACCUUGUUAACAAAUAUCUGCAAAAUAACGGAGAUGCUGGGGGAAAGCGUGGCGUACGGAUACGAACAGAUUCAAUCGCACAUAAAUGCCUGUUUCGUAAAGUCCCAAGGCGGCCUGGGAGUCACUGAAGCGGAGUUCGCCGCGUGGAUCAUGCAAGAGCCUCCACUACUGGUCUGGAUAACGACGUUCAAUCGAAUAAAGUCUGCAGAACACAUUGUACAUAACAUCCGAUGUUCCUCGUGUAAGGUGACGCCGGUGCAGGGGCCGAGAUACACCUGUUUGAAAUGCACGGGGUAUCACCAAUGCCAGGAGUGCUUUCUCCUAGGGAAGACAUCGAACAAGCACAAAUUGAAGCAUCCGAUUCGCGAAUUUUGCGUGAAGACUUCACAUCGUGAGAUAACGAAGCUGAUCCUGGAGUUGAUCAGAAAUAAACUGAGAUUGUGUCCUACCAGAGCGGUCACUGCGGAGGACUUGGUUGCAGACGCCGCCAGCAAUGAAACCAGACGAACGGAUUACGGUUCGUUAAGGAGCACGGUUAAGCGAAAAAUUCUGACUGACCCGCAAAAGGAGUUGCAAAGUAUCAUAAUGCAUUUGGAAGAAGAAAAUCGUCAAUUGCAGAUCGAAUUGCUAGAUAUACAGGGCACCAAGGCGGAGCGGCUGCAACGUCAUCGAGCAACCAUCGAAUCUCAACUGCAGCGAUUGAAAAUGCUCAAGAAAUGUCUGUUCACCGAUGCAGCCCAAGUGCCACAGAUCAUCACUCGCAUGCAAAGCACCCCGAUGCUACCGCCCUUAUCGUCCAGAUUAACGGCCUUGCCUCUGGAAUUCGAACUGAGCCCGAUAAUCAGGCAGGACAGCACAAACCAACAAGGAGCCAAAUUGCAACGCAGAGAUGCCAAAUUAAUGUUGAAUAGUUAUAAUACAGCGUCACUUGUAGAGCAUACGAUAAAGGAGACUAACGCCAACGCUCUUCCUUGCGCCGAAGAGGCCUCCACAAGUACUGGAUUCGCUAAUAUACCAGAAAGCAGUCGUAUAGAAUUAAGUACUUGGAUCGGAGGCACGAGGAGAAGAGAACUGAGUCCAGCCGACAGUGGCUUCUCUCAGUGGUUGGCCGCCGGCAAUUCGAGCUGCAAGGAGGACAAUUACGCGGCCAACACGGCAAUUAGUAGUACAGAUAACGACACGUCGCUGAUAGCCUCUCAAUCUCCCACCGGCAUUCAUAGGGACAACACGCCGUCCUCCCUGCAACGCCCUGACAAACACUCGCAACACAGUAGUUUGCAAAAUAUUCAAGGAGAUCUCAACGAUAUACUAGACAGACUGCAAAAUAUGGUCGCCAAUGACUGCUUCGACGAAUCGUACGACGGCAAUGACAAUUGCAAAUUGAAACGUGCCACCACGGAGAUGGAAGACCUAUUGACCGGCCUAAUCGAAGGUAUGGAAUCUCGUAAGAGCAAACUUACUACUAUCGUCUGAAGAGACGCCCCGAACGUAAACUUAGAUAUCGUACGUUAACAAUUUUUUUUUAUAUACUUAUUGCACCGACUGACUUACUUUUCCCCUUGCAAUUUUAUUACAAUAAGGUACUGGUUUUUAACCCUUUACUCGGCCUGAUGUAUGAAACGUGCCAUUUUAUAUGACAUUAGGCAUUAUCCAAAGAAGGAGAUCAAUAUUAUGUAAUUACUCUAAGGCAACGACAAAUACGACGAAAAGAUUGCACUCGAUAUUAUGCGCUGCUAAUCAAGCAAUUAUAUUUAGCGCUACUUCCAAGAUGUGAUUAUGGCCAUUAUAUUUGAGAGUAUCUUUUCAUAGUUUUUACAUAUACACUUCUAGUAAUAUCUGUGCAAUCAUGACGGAAAUGAUCUAUUUUUAAGAUUCUAUUGAACAUGUGUGAAAAAUGGAUAGGUUUUAUGUAGCCCUACAUGCACUCUUG